GUGAACUCUGACCUCAGCCUUCCGUAGCGUCCCGCGUCUGCCGCCCCAGCCCCCGGAGCGAAGGAGGCGGGUUUUGGCCUCUUGCCCUAGGGAGCGAGUGCGGAGCGAGUGGGAGCGAGUCGGCCCUGAGUGGAAGUGUCUGACUCCCCGGAGAAGCCCUGCUAUACGUCCCGCCGCCCAUGAGCUCGUUCUCCAGCGAGUAGCGUCGUCGUUAGGCAGACCCCGUAGCCUCUGCUUCCCCCGGGACAGGCCCACGCCUCGCCGGGGAGGAGGCAGCCCGCGGAGGCGCCUCCCUAGUCAGCGUCGGCGUCGCGCUGCGACCCUGGAAGCGGGAGCCGCCGCGAGCGAGAGGAGGAGCUCCGGCAGCUGCGGCAGCAGCGGGCAACAGCUCCAGCGGCGCCAGCGGGCGGGAUCGAGGCCGUCAACAUGGCGAGCGCCUCGUACCACAUUUCCAAUUUGCUGGAAAAAAUGACAUCCAGCGACAAGGACUUUAGGUUUAUGGCUACAAAUGAUUUGAUGACAGAACUACAGAAAGAUUCCAUCAAGUUGGAUGAUGAUAGUGAAAGGAAAGUAGUGAAAAUGAUUUUGAAGUUACUGGAAGAUAAAAAUGGAGAGGUACAGAAUUUAGCUGUCAAAUGUCUUGGCCCAUUAGUGAGUAAAGUGAAAGAAUACCAAGUAGAGACAAUUGUAGAUACCCUCUGCACUAACAUGCUUUCUGAUAAAGAACAACUUCGAGAUAUUUCAAGUAUUGGUCUUAAAACAGUAAUUGGAGAACUUCCUCCAGCUUCCAGUGGCUCUGCAUUGGCUGCUAAUGUGUGUAAAAAGAUUACUGGACGCCUUACCAGUGCAAUAGCAAAACAGGAAGAUGUCUCUGUUCAGCUAGAAGCCUUGGAUAUUAUGGCUGAUAUGUUGAGCAGGCAAGGAGGACUUCUUGUUAAUUUUCAUCCUUCAAUUCUGACCUGUCUGCUUCCUCAGUUGACCAGUCCUAGACUUGCAGUGAGGAAAAGAACCAUUAUUGCUCUUGGCCAUCUGGUUAUGAGCUGUGGAAAUAUAGUUUUUGUAGAUCUUAUUGAACAUCUGUUGUCAGAGUUGUCCAAAAAUGAUUCCAUGUCGACAACAAGAACCUACAUACAAUGUAUUGCUGCUAUUAGUAGGCAAGCUGGUCAUAGAAUAGGUGAAUACCUUGAGAAGAUAAUUCCUUUGGUGGUAAAAUUUUGUAAUGUAGAUGAUGAUGAAUUAAGAGAAUACUGCAUUCAAGCCUUUGAAUCAUUUGUAAGAAGAUGUCCUAAGGAAGUAUAUCCUCAUGUUUCUACCAUUAUAAAUAUUUGUCUUAAAUAUCUUACCUACGAUCCUAAUUAUAAUUAUGAUGAUGAAGAUGAAGAUGAAAAUGCAAUGGAUGCUGAUGGUGGUGAUGAUGAUGAUCAAGGGAGUGAUGAUGAAUACAGUGAUGAUGAUGACAUGAGUUGGAAAGUGAGACGUGCAGCUGCUAAGUGCUUGGAUGCUGUAGUUAGCACAAGACAUGAAAUGCUUCCAGAAUUCUACAAGACCGUCUCUCCUGCAUUGAUAUCCAGAUUUAAAGAGCGUGAAGAGAAUGUAAAGGCAGAUGUUUUUCAUGCAUACCUUUCUCUUUUGAAGCAAACUCGUCCUGUGCAAAGUUGGCUAUGUGACCCUGAUGCAAUGGAACAGGGAGAAACACCCUUAACAAUGCUUCAGAGUCAGGUUGGUUUAAAAGUUCCCAACAUUGUUAAAGCUCUGCACAAACAGAUGAAAGAAAAAAGUGUGAAGACCCGACAGUGUUGUUUUAACAUGUUAACUGAACUGGUAAAUGUAUUACCCGGGGCCCUCACACAACACAUUCCUGUACUCGUACCAGGAAUCAUUUUCUCACUGAAUGAUAAAUCAAGCUCAUCAAAUUUGAAGAUCGAUGCUUUGUCAUGUCUAUAUGUAAUCCUUUGUAACCACUCUCCUCAAGUCUUCCAUCCUCAUGUUCAGGCUUUGGUUCCUCCAGUGGUGGCUUGCGUUGGAGACCCAUUUUACAAGAUUACAUCUGAAGCACUUCUUGUUACUCAGCAGCUUGUCAAAGUAAUUCGUCCUUUAGAUCAGCCUUCCUCAUUUGAUGCAACUCCUUACAUUAAAGAUCUAUUUGCCUGUACCAUCAAGAGAUUAAAAGCAGCUGACAUUGAUCAAGAAGUCAAGGAAAGGGCUAUUUCCUGUAUGGGACAGAUUAUCUGCAACCUCGGAGAUAAUUUGGGUUCUGACUUGCCGAAUACUCUUCAGAUUUUCUUGGAGAGACUAAAGAAUGAAAUCACACGGUUAACUACAGUAAAGGCAUUGACACUGAUUGCUGGGUCACCUUUGAAGAUAGAUUUGAGGCCUGUCCUGGGAGAAGGGGUUCCUAUUCUUGCUUCAUUUCUCAGGAAAAACCAGAGAGCUUUGAAGCUGGGUACUCUUUCUGCCCUAGAUAUUCUAAUAAAAAACUAUAGUGACAGCUUGACAGCUGCUAUGAUUGAUGCAGUUCUAGAUGAGCUCCCACCUCUUAUCAGCGAAAGUGAUAUGCAUGUUUCACAGAUGGCUAUCAGUUUUCUUACUACCUUGGCAAAAGUGUAUCCCUCCUCCCUUUCCAAGAUAAGUGGAUCCAUUCUCAAUGAACUUAUUGGACUUGUGAGAUCACCCUUAUUGCAGGGGGGAGCUCUUAGUGCCAUGCUAGACUUUUUCCAAGCUCUGGUUGUCACUGGAACAAAUAACCUAGGAUACAUGGAUUUGCUGCGCAUGCUGACUGGUCCAGUUUACUCUCAGAACAUGGCUCUUACUCAUAAGCAGUCUUAUUAUUCCAUUGCCAAAUGUGUAGCUGCCCUUACUCGAGCAUGCCCUAAAGAGGGACCUGCUGUAGUAGGUCAGUUUAUUCAAGAUGUCAAGAACUCAAGGUCUACAGAUUCCAUUCGUCUCUUAGCUCUACUUUCUCUUGGAGAAGUUGGGCAUCAUAUUGAUUUAAGUGGGCAGUUGGAACUAAAAUCUGUAAUAUUAGAAGCUUUUUCGUCUCCUAGUGAAGAAGUGAAAUCAGCUGCAUCCUAUGCAUUAGGCAGCAUUAGUGUGGGCAACCUUCCUGAAUAUCUGCCAUUUGUCUUACAAGAAAUAACUAGUCAACCCAAAAGGCAGUAUCUUCUGCUUCAUUCCUUGAAGGAAAUUAUUAGCUCUGCAUCAGUUGUGGGCCUUAAACCAUAUGUUGAGAACAUCUGGGCCUUAUUACUAAAGCACUGUGAAUGUGCAGAAGAAGGAACCAGAAAUGUUGUUGCUGAAUGUCUAGGAAAACUCACUCUAAUUGAUCCAGAAACUCUACUUCCACGGCUUAAGGGGUACUUGAUAUCAGGCUCAUCAUAUGCCCGAAGUUCAGUGGUUACAGCUGUGAAGUUUACUAUUUCUGACCAUCCACAACCUAUUGAUCCACUAUUAAAGAACUGCAUAGGUGAUUUCCUAAAAACGUUAGAAGAUCCAGAUUUGAAUGUAAGAAGAGUAGCCUUGGUCACAUUCAAUUCAGCAGCACAUAAUAAGCCUUCAUUAAUAAGGGAUCUUUUGGAUACUGUUCUUCCACAUCUUUACAAUGAAACAAAAGUUAGAAAGGAGCUUAUAAGAGAGGUAGAAAUGGGUCCAUUUAAACAUACAGUUGAUGAUGGUCUGGAUAUUAGAAAGGCAGCUUUUGAGUGUAUGUACACACUUCUAGAUAGUUGUCUUGAUAGACUAGAUAUCUUUGAAUUUCUAAAUCAUGUUGAAGAUGGUUUGAAGGACCAUUACGAUAUUAAGAUGCUAACAUUUUUAAUGUUAGUGAGACUCUCCACCCUUUGUCCAAGUGCAGUACUGCAGAGGUUGGACCGACUUGUUGAGCCAUUACGUGCCACAUGUACGACUAAGGUUAAGGCAAACUCAGUAAAGCAAGAAUUUGAAAAGCAAGAUGAAUUAAAGCGAUCUGCCAUGAGAGCAGUAGCAGCACUGCUAACCAUUCCAGAAGCAGAGAAGAGUCCACUGAUGAGUGAAUUCCAAUCACAGAUCAGUUCUAACCCUGAGCUGGCUGCCAUCUUUGAAAGUAUCCAGAAAGAUUCAUCAUCCACUAACUUGGAAUCAAUGGACACUAGUUAGAUGUUUGUUCAACACAGGGACCGUUAACAUAUGACCAUACAAUGCACUGAAUUGACAGGUUAAUCAUAAGACAUGGAAAGAGAAGUGUCUAAAGCUUCAGUAUGUUCCACUUUUUUUUUCCUUCAUGGAGACAGUUUGUUUGGCUUUCUUCCAUUGUUUUUGUAGCAUUUAUUUCUGAAUAUGUAUUUCCAUAAUCCAGAGGUUGUAAAACCACUAAUGUUUUAGUGGUUAGGGCAACAAUUAAAAUGUAAACUAAAAGUUAGGAUUUAUGGAGUAUGGAGAUAGGGUCCAGUAUCUAUUUACCCUGUAAUGUUUAGGAUUAAAAUGUUAAAAUUUUGUGACCAUGAAUUUCUUUCUUUUAUAAAUUUUCUCAUUUAAACAUCAAAAAUUCUGCAAGACAAAAACCAUGUUUCUUUUUCGUAAAACUUUUUGUUUCAACAACAUAAUUGAUUUUUAGCUGGCAGACAAGAAUAUCCAUAUAAGAUUUGUUACAUUUCAGAGGGUUUGGCAGUUUAUAAAAGGAUAAUAAGAUAUCAUGUUUUAAGUGUGGGAUUAACAAUAUCCCUGUUUCGCACACUAAUUUUGCAUGAGCAAGUUUACAAAUAUGUAUUGUCUGUAAAGCAGCAUGUGCAGAUUAUUCAUAAUACAAAAGUUAAAAUAAGUAUUCCUAGUGCAAUUUUCAGAUAUUUAUUUUUGCACAGAAAACACAUCUGGAGAGAGAGAGAGAGGAGUAAAUUUUUGAAGCUUUGGUUUUCUUAAUGCCAGUGUGAAUUUGCAGAUGUUUUCAGCAAAUCAAGUCACAAGAACAUUUUGCCACUUUUUUCUAUUAUAAAUUUUCUUACACAUUUAAAAUUUGAAUAUUUAAGUACUUGGUUUAAUUUUUUCUCAGUUACCCCUUUGUGUGCGUGUGUUCCACAUAGAAAUUCUUAAAGACAGAUUUUUCUUUUCAUUCCCUUUGGAUGUCUGCAUUCCUUAUCAAAGAAUACAAAUACUGUGUAAUGCUUUUGAAUAUACUUUAGGGAAGUUCUGAAGUGGGCUAUCACAGGUUUGUUAGCUAAUAAUAGUAUUUUCUUUUAGUUGAGUUAGAUUUUUUUCCCCAUCUCUUGUAGAUCUAAUUUACACACUGUAUUUGGUAAGUGUUAACUACUUUUCCUGAUUAAGGGAUUUGUGCUGGGAGAACAAAGCUUUUGCAGUAUCUUAAAAUUUUAUUUAACAUAUCCUUCAGUGAGCUCAUUUCACACUGUAGCCUCUUCCUUCAAAUUUGUGGUGCUCCUGUAACAGUAAGAACUAACUUCUGAAAUAAAAGACAUCUCCUAAUGCUGUGCAAACAUAGUUUACAUGUAUUGAAGGAGGCAGUUGUUAAAUUGAGUGACCAAUUUUAAGCAAUCAGAUCUUUGAAAACUGCACCCUUUAUUUUUGAAACUGUGAAUUAGAAAUACUUCUGCUGUAUUACUUAACCUGCUUUAACAUCCAAAUAUGCAGUGAUUUUAAUUGAUAACGUACUGUGGUUAUUAGAUUAGCAGCUUGAUUCCAAAUGUUCAGAUAAUGCAGAAGACAUUGCUAAUAAUAAGGAUUUUGACUAGUACGUUGACGUGGAACUUUACAUGAAGUUGGUGCCAUUUCAAAAUGUGGCAGGUGAUAAUCUUAUACCAUAAUUUGCAAAAAACUGUAAUAGAAGUUUAUUUUGAGAUGUCAGUAUAUAAUGUACUAUGCAUUACCGUGGUAUAGAUGUUGUGGAUAUAUUUAAGUAUUUGGUUACAUGGUUUCACAAUAAAUUACAAUACUGCAGGCUCUAGGACUGAAUAGGAGACUGACAUGCAUAUGUUGUGUGAAUGUCUUCUUAGUUAAUUGCCUAAAGUUAAAUCCAAAUACUUGUGUUGGAUUUUUCUUUAGUUUUUUUUUAACUUCCAAGAUGCAUGUUUUGUUUUGUUAAGUCUUGCAAGCCAGCUCAUUUUUCAAACAUAGUUGAAAUUCUUUUAGUACUAAAGAAAUAGAUACUGUUCUUUUAUAGUUUUAGUGUUUAUAUACCCAUAUAUACACAUGCAUAACAAAAUUAGUAACAAAGAGGAAUGCUUGGAAUUUAAAUGCUGAGUCAUGCUGAUUAACUCCAUACUUCUAGAGGUGAUGUCCAGAUACUGGACAUUCCAGAUACUGGAAUGAAAGUGGCAAGGUGUGAAGUCCAGACCUACCUACCACUCACGCUGCUUUCUGGUAGUAUUAAGUUCUGUUUAGCAAUUCUCCACAUGUAGGUUCCUCAGGAGAUCUAAAAGUUAAUAAUACAAAAACAAGCUGUUUAUUGAUUUUCAUGAGAACAUUUAAAUUAGUUUAGAUCUACCUGAUUCUUUUAAAGGAAAGCUCAAUAUGGAUUGAGUUUUGAGAUUAGGUUAUUUUAUGAAAAACUAAGGCAGAAAGGAAAUUUGAUAUGCCGGGGCCUAACCUAAAAGGUUAUUUAUAAAAUCAGUAGCACUGAAUGAUGAUUUUUUUUAAAAAUGAUGGUCAUGUAUUUUAUUAAUGUUAUCUGAAAGCUGCUUAACCAUUAGGAAUUAGUAUUUUUAAAAGGUAGGAGUAUGAUGAUUUCAUCAAAUGUGUGAGUAUUUACAUAAUUUUUAUGUGACCAUAGUCAAGUAAAUAGUGUUUUUUCUUUAUACUUUUCUUGGGGUAAAUAGUGAAGAAAUAAUAUAGGGGCAUAUCUAAUUAACCAGUUCUAGGGGAUGUUUUGGUGUCUUUAUGUAUAGCUCAGUCUCAGACAUAUGAAUAUGAUUAUAUAUUCAUGAUUGAAGUUGAAAAUGAGGAUGUACAAAAUUCUCAGCCAUUAAAAAUUCAAUUGUCAUAAGCUUUGUAAGCUGUAUUUAGUCACAUGACAAAGUAUGUAGUAAUACUUUGUAACUGAAGGAACAUUUUCUGCCCACAUUAAAUUUUGCUAAAAAUCUAAAUUGUUAAAAUUAAUUGUCAAUCUCUAGAUAUAAUAUGCUUAGUAAGUGUUUUGAAAUUAAACAGCUUAAAAAUUUCAGUAAGUGAAUUUUAGAUUCUGGUUCUAUUUUAAAUUGAAUCCUAAUUUUCAAACCACUGCCACCCAGAUUCAUCUGUUUUUGAAAUCUUAUUUAAUCUUCUAUGGAAUAGAAAAUGGACAAUAUAGUAACAGUUCAUAAAGUGUUUAGAAAAAGAUUCUGGUUCUAACUGAUUUUUCCAGUUGAAUAAAAUUCCUUUGAUACUUUUGGUUGCAAAAAUGGAACACAGUAGUAUUUGGCCACAAGCUAUCAAAAGCUCACCAGAUAAGUCUUAUGGAAAUGCAAAAUGAAAUUGUAUAUUUUCCUUUUCCAAUAUAAUAAGUUGCUUGUUUUCGUAGUAAUACUGGAAAAGAUUUUGUAAACACCUGUGUUGUAGUUUAGGGCAUGAUCUUUUAGUAAUAUAUUUUUGUUCUUUGUAACUUAGAAAGUUAGCUCUGAAUCAAAAAUGGGAAUUGUUUUUCAUAGGAUGUUAAAAAAGCCAACUUAAAUCAAAACUACCUCGAUGGGUAGUGCAUAGUUUUACUUUGUUGGAUCUUGUAAUGCCAGUGUGUUAGAUUUCAGAAUGAUUUUCAGUAGACAGAAAUACCUAUUUCUGUUUGUGGAGUCUUAAUUCCCUGGCCUCUUCAUACCUUUUAAUUUUCAUCUCAAUAUCGGUGAUGAUUUUGGCAAGUUUGUUUUGCUGAGGUCUUAGAAGAGAGAGAGCUUAUUUGAAACAAAAGUCUUUCCAGAUUAGGGAGUAUUAGAAUUAGUGUAUUUAGCCUUUGUCAGUAACUAAUGGUUAAUGCAUAUUGAGUGAUUUUACUCUAGAAUGUUCUCACAAAAAAGCCUAUUAACAGUUGUACCUCAAAACUGAUUAUUUGUACGAUACCAUAAUAGCCCCAUGUUUUAAUAGUCUGUAAUAAGCCUAAUACUCUGAAAAGCUAUUUUACUUGUUUGACGGAUAUUUCCGUUUUAAACUAGAUAAAAACCCAACUGCUUACUUAGGUAAAGGCAGCUAAAUGUGUGUGAUGGUAGCUUACUGUAAUCCUAGUGUAGUGGUUUUUCAGAGACACACAAAUGUGUAUUUGCUUGCAGUCAUUACCAUACAUGAACUGAAUUAGGCUUUCCCAAGAGGUCUGGAAAUAAACUCCUGAUUCCUUA